GUGAACAUGUUAUAUGCGGCACGGGGGAGUUAUAUUUAGAUUGUCUGCUGCACGACUUGCGGCUGCUCUAUGCAAAUAUGGAGGUUAAAGUUAGCGACCCAGUUGUUAAGUUUUGUGAAACGGUUGUGGAGACGAGUGCUCUGAAGUGCUUCGCCGAGUCGCCUAACAAAAAAAACAAACUCUUCAUGAUUGCAGAACCCUUAGAAAAAAGAAUUGCUGAAGAUUUAGAAAGAGGGCUCAUCAGCGAUAAAUGGGAUCAAAGAACUCUAGGAGAGCACUUCACUUCUCAAUACGGCUGGGAUUUGCUCGCUGCGCGAUCCGUCUGGGCGUUCGGGCCUGGGGAUAAAGGCUCCUGCGUUUUACUCGGCGAAAUUUUUAACCCCGAAUUUAAACGCCUCGUCUCUCAAGAGAAGUCCUCCUUUCUCUCUUUUAAAGAAAGCGUUAUUCAAGCGCGUAGCUUACUCAGCAUUGCUGCUCGCCACACCUCGUUUGCUGGAGCCUGUGAUGUUUGCGGAAGUACAAUGCCCAGCAGAUUGCGUCUCCGCUAUAUACACCGUACUCGCAAGGUCAGCAGCAGCAGCAGCAGCAGCAGCAGCAGCAGCAGCAGCAGCAGUAGCAGCAGCAGUAACAGUGGUAGUAGUAGUAGCAGUAGCAGUAGUAGCAGUAGUAGCAGCAGUAGCAGUAGCACCAGCAGCAGCAGUGCCAGCAGCAGCAGCAGCAGCAGUGGCAGCAGCAGCAGUGGCAGCAGCAGCAGCAGCAGGAUCGGCUGCUGCUUUGCCUUCUGCUUUGAGUGCAGCAGCAGGUUCUUGCAGUAG